GCGGGCCUCACUACCGGCGUCCGCUCGCCGGCGCCAUUUCUGUCGAGGGGAACGGCAGUGCGGCCUGUGAUCAUGGCGCUGUUCCCGGCCUUUGCCGGUAUUGGUGACGCUCCCAACAGCGGCAGCGCCAGGAAAGAAUUAGAUUGGCUGAGCAACCCGAGCUUUUGUGUUGGAGCCAUAAGCUCUCUGAGCCAACAACCUGAAGAGGCUGCCACUCUGGUUUCUGAAGGGUCACCGCUGACGAGGAGUCCUCUGAAAUCAGAGCCUUCAGAUGAAAGUGAUGCUAACGGAAAGCCCAAACAAACAAGCAGAAAAAAGAAGAAAGAGAAGAAGAAGAAGAGGAAACGUCACCACAAGAAAACCAAGAGAAAACGUGGGCAGGCCGGUAGCAGUGGCUCCGAGCCGGAUAGUGAGCCUGAAGAGGACAAAACUUCCAGAAGCACUGGAGACAGUAGAAGGGAAUCGGAGAAACCAAGUCAAGAAGGUAAUGCUGCCGCUGAUAUUGGGCAUCGCUUUGUUUGGCUUGAGGACGUUCAGGCUCUGACUGGAGAAACCUUCAGAACAGAUAAGAAACCGGAUCCGGCCAACUGGGAGUAUAAGUCUCUCUACCGAGGAGACAUAGCAAGAUACAAGAGGAAAGGAGACUCCUGCCUUGGCAUUAACCCUAAGAAGCAGUGUAUAUCCUGGGAGAGGGCUGCCGCAGAAAAGAAGCCUUCACACAAGCGUGUUGAGCGCUAUUUCACGAAGAAGAGCGUGGGCUUAAUGAACAUUGACGGAGUUGCCGUUGGCAGUAAAACCGAACCUCCCUCAUCUGAGCCGAUCUCGUUUAUCCCCGUGAAGGGCUCGGAUGAUGUGGUUCCUCCCGUUACGACCUGGUUGAACCCUCUGGGGAUUUACGAUCCGUCCACCACGCAGUGGUUACAAGGACAGGGCCCUCCAGAGCAAGAAUCAAAGCAGCCAGACUCCCAGACAGACAGAGAGCGCGCGCUGCUCAAGGCCAAGGUGGAGGAGUUCAACAGGAGAGUGCGGGAGAACCCUCACGAUAUUCAGCUGUGGAUGGCGUUCGUUGCUUUUCAGGACGAGGUCGUGCGGAGCCCCGGCCUGUAUGCCCUGGAGGCAGGGGAGCAGGAGAAGCGGAAGAGGUCUGCGAAGCUGGUGCUGGAGAAGCAGCUGGCUGUCCUGGAGCGGGCCAUCGAGAGCAACCAGAGCUCCGUGGAGCUGCAGCUGGCCCGGCUGAAGCUGUGCGCCGAGUUCUGGGAGCCCUCGGCGCUGCUCAGGGAGUGGCAGAAACUGAUCUUUGUACACCCCAACAGUACGGCCCUCUGGCAGAAGUACCUUUUAUUUUGCCAAAGCCAGUUCAGCACCUUCACCGUGUCGAAGAUCCACGGUCUUUACGGCAAAUGCUUGAGCACUCUGUCCGCGGUGCAGGACGGCAGCAUCCUGUCGCACCCCGCCCUGCCCGGCACCGAGGAGGCCGUGUUCGCUCUCUUUCUUCAGCACUGUCACUUCCUGCGGCAGGCCGGUCACUCGGAGAAGGCGAUCUCGCUCUUCCAGGCCAUGGUGGACUUCACCUUCUUCAAGCCAGACAGCGUGAAAGACCUGCCUACCAAAGGACAGGUGGAAUUCUUUGAGCCCUUCUGGGACAGUGGGGAGCCCCGGGCUGGGGAGAAGGGCGCCCGAGGCUGGAGAGCCUGGAUGCACCAGCAGGAGCGAGGCGGCUGGGUGGUCAUCAGUCCAGAUGAUGAUGAUGACGAGCCAGAAGACGAGGACCAGGAAAUAAGAGAUAAGAGUCUGCCCAGGUGGCAGAUCUGGCUCGCCGCUGAGCGGUCCCGAGACCAGAGACACUGGCAGCCGUGGCGCCCUGAUAAGACCAAGAAGCAAACCGAAGAAGACUGUGAGGACCCAGAGAGACAGGUGCUGUUUGAUGACAUUGCGCAGUCUCUGAUCCAGCUCUCCAGCCGGGAUCUUCAGUUUCAGCUGGUCGCGGCCUUUCUGCAGUUCCUGGGCGUGCCUUCUGGCCUCAGCCCCCUGGCCUCCUGCCUCUACCUGGCCAUGGACGAGGACAGCAUCUUCGAUAACGGGCUUCACGAUGAAAAGCCAUUGACUUUUCUCGACCUGUCCUUUUCCGGCGUCAGCUGUGUUGGCCGUUCAGACCCACUGGGCUGCCAUCGCUGGACCCGCGGGCACAAUCGAGAGGGCGAGGAGUUCAUCCGUAACAUCUUUCACCUUGUGAUGUCUCUGUUUUCAGGCCAGGAGAGGUCUCAGCUCUGCUUCUCCUGGCUACGGUACGAGAUGGCGAAGGUCGUUUGGUGUCUGCACACUAAAAACAAGAAGAGGUUAAAGUCACAAGGAAAGAACUGCAAAAAACUUGCCAAAAACCUCCUGAAGGAGCCAGAAAACCGCAACAACUUUUGCCUCUGGAAGCAGUACGCACAUCUGGAGUGGUUGCUCGGCAACACCGAGGACGCCAGGAAGGUGUUCGACACGGCGCUCAGCCUGGCGGGGGGCGGAGAGCCGCGGGGCUGCGAGCCCUGGGAGCUCGGCCUGCUCUACGCGGGGCUGGAGCUGGAGCUGGAGCUGGAGCUGUCGCCGGCCGCGAGAGGGGCCGCCACGGCCCGAGCUGUCCACAUACUGACCAGGCUGACGGAGAAUGGUCCCUACGCGCCCUACUCCGGGCCGGUCUCGGCUGUUCACGUUUUGAAGGCCCGGAAGGCUUACGAACACGCGCUGCAGGACUGUCAGGGGCAGAGCUGUGGCGCUGGGCCGCCUCCCGCCGACGCCUCUCACCGCCUCGCCGGCCUGCUCAGGUGCUUCAUGCUCUUCCAGUACUUGACCGUGGGGAUCGAAGCCGCUGUGCGGAUCUACGAGCAGGCGUGUGCGCAGCUGCAGGGCUCCGUCUCCCCGGGCGGCUGUGGGCCGGACGAGCCCAGCUGCGCGCAGAGCCCGGGCCGCGGCCUCGAGGCCGUCACGCUGAUGCACACGAGCCUGCUGCGGUUCCACGCGAGGGUCAGCGUGUGCCCCGUGGCUCCUCUGCGGCAGGCGCUCUCGGACGCCUUACGGUGGUACCCCGGCAACCAGGUUCUGUGGCGGGCCUACGUACAGCUUCAGAGUAAGUCCCACACGGCCAGUAAGACCAGAAGGUUCUUCGAUGCCAUUACCAGGUCUGCCAAACCCUUGGAGCCGUGGUUGUUUGCGAUUGAAGCCGAGAAAACGAGGAAGAGGCUGGUGGAAACCGUUCAGAGGGUGGAUGGCAGAGAGGUCCACGCCACGAUUCCCGAGACCGGCUUGACGCAUCGGAUCGAAGCCCUGUUUGAAAAUGCUUUGCGGAGCGACAACGGCAGCCAGUGCCCCUUACUGUGGAGAAUGUAUUUGAACUUUCUGGUCUCCUUGGGAAACAAAGAAAGGAGCAAAGGCGUGUUCUACAAAGCACUUCAGAAUUGUCCUUGGGCAAAGACGCUGUACCUGGAUGCCGUGGGCCACUUCCCUGAAGAGAUGCAGGAGGUCCUGGACCUGAUGACGGAGAAGGAGCUCCGGGUGCGCCUGCCCGUGGAGGAGUUGGAGCUUCUACUCGAGGACUAGAGACCAGGAGGUGUUCAACAGUCCCUGCCUUCCGGGCCUCGUCGCCUGCACCGCUGGGGCCGGGAUGUAGCAGACGGGGCACGUGUAGGUGCAUGUGUUCCAGGAGCUCUGCUUUCCAAGUCUAGCUUUAAUUCUUAGUAAUUUGAACCUGGGUCAUCAGUUUCUUAGCUCUUGCACAUUUUUUGGAUGUGCAAAUAACACAGAAGCUAUUGCUUACAUAUUAUAUAUGUGAAUGUGUAGGUAAGAAUCAUGCCCCAUGACAAUGGAA